AUGUGGCAAAACAGCAGUGUAACUGAGUUUAUACUAUUAGGACUGACCCAGGACCCAUCGAAGCAGAACAUGGUGUUCAUAAUCUUCUUCAUUUUCUACACUGGAACUGUAGUAGGGAAUUUCCUCAUUAUUGUGACCAUCAAGUUCAGCCGGUCACUUGGGAGCCCCAUGUACUUCUUCCUGUUUUAUUUGUCUGUGGCUGAUACCUGCUUUUCAACUUCCAUAGCCCCUAGAUUACUUGUGGAUGCUCUUUCUACCGAAAAAGUCAUCUCCUACAAUGGCUGCAUGACACAGGUCUUCGCACUGCAUAUAUUUGGCUGCAUGGAGAUCUUUGUUCUCAUCCUCAUGGCUGCUGAUCGCUACGUGGCCAUCUGCAAACCCCUGCAUUACCCGACCAUCAUGAGACGACAAGUCUGCAUCAUCUUGAUUAUUUUUGCCUGGAUAGGUUCCUUCAUACAUUCUAUCGCCCAGAUUGCUCUUGCCUUGAAACUACCCUUCUGUGGACCCAAUUUAAUUGAUCAUUAUUGCUGUGAUUUGCAGCCCUUGUUAAAACUUGCUUGCAUGGACACUUACAAGAUUAACCUGUUGUUGGUGUCUAAUAGUGGGGCCAUUUGCACAAGCAGCUUUGUGCUUCUGAUGAUCUCAUAUUUUGUCAUCUUGCAUUCCCUGCGAAAGCACAGUGCAGAAGGAAGGAAAAAAGCCCUGUCCACUUGUACCUCGCACAUCAUUGUGGUCAUCCUAUUCUUUGGUCCGUGUAUAUUCAUAUAUACACGUCCGCCAACGACUUUCCCCAUCGACAAGAUGGUAGCAGUAUUUUAUACCAUUGGGACACCCUUUCUCAACCCGCUCAUCUAUACACUAAGGAAUGCAGAGGUGAAAAAUGCUAUGAAAAAGCUGUGGAUUAUCAAAAUCACCUCAAAAAACAAGUGA